AUGUUGAGCCUUUGCAAGGCCCGGGCUGGCGAGGCGCCCAGUGAGGCCACAAGAAGCCCCACGCAGUCAGAGCCUUCCAGCUGUCCAUCGACACCACCUACCAGGUGCAGCAGCAAACCUUUUGCUAUGAGACUUCGAAACUACGAUUCUGUGGCCAACACGGAGUUAUGGAAGUGGUUGUGGCUGGAUUUCUCGGCGCCAGUGCAAGCAUCUGUCCCUCGCUUGAUCCGUAGGACCAUGCGCAAAUGCUCGAGGAGCAACGUGGACCUAGAAUCCAUGGACUUGGAGGGGCUUGAUACCAUCAAAGAAGAGCACAGUGUUGGCUUGUCGCAACGCAACUCGCUACUUGGGGAGGGCUCUUUGGGAGCUGCCGUAUUCACCUUGGUUUCCUCCGCCAUGGGAGCGGGAUGCUUGUCGCUUCCAUUCAUGCUCAAGAACUCAGGUAUCAUAUCUGGGCUGCUCAUGCUGGGACUGGGGGCAGUCUUGGCCCAUCUGUCAUUGGUAGUUCUGAUGAGCUGCGCUCGAUACACGGAGUCAGAGAGCAUGGCCCAACUUGUCGCAGUGGCCCGUGGGCGUGGAUCUGGGCGCAGUGUGGAUGUGGUCAUUGCUAUCUAUGGGAUUUCCGCGGUCCUGUGCUACUUGAUGUUCAUCGGCGAUUUUUUCCUUGGAAUUGUAAGGUCGCCUAUCCUCAACCUGAAUGUCUCUCGUGAGACGCUGAUUGUCUCCAUCGCCAUUGCAGUUGUUUGGCCGCUGUCUCUUCCCCGGCGACUGUCUGCGCUUCGAUACGUUUGUGUCUUGAGCGUCGUUGCCAUUGGCCUCACAGCGAUGGUGGUAGCCUGGCGAGCCCCGAGCUAUGCCGGACUCAGGAGCGCAGAAGCAGACGAGAAGUGGCAGCUAGUCUGGUGGAGUAGUGAUCCGUUUGCAGCCCUGCAGUCCUUCAGCAUUGCCUUGUUCUCUUUCGCGGCCCACACCAAUGCUGUACCAGUUGCCACCGCGUUGAAGAACGCAGAUGGUGGAAGCAUCUGGCGCGUGUCGCUGUAUUCGGUGUGCAUUGAAUUGGUCUUCUACGUGUUGAUGGGUGUGGCAGGGUAUGUCUCCUUCCGAGGAUAUACAGAGCAAGACUUUAUUCUGAACUACCGCAAUGAUGACAUGCUCAUGUUCUUGGUUCGUUGCAUCUAUGGAGUAGUUGUUUGCCUGGGAGCUCCGAUCAACUUGUCCCCUGCUGCAUCGAGCAUCCAGGGCCUCCUGGGCAGCGAGCGCAGGACCCCUGCGAGGCCUGCCUAG